AUGACAGCUAAGUUGUUUGUCCUGCUGUCCCUGGCACUCUUCUCUGCUGCCCAAGCGGAGUACAACUACAACGAGAAGGCGGCCACAGCCAUCAACUCCUUGGAGCACUCUGGAUCCAGUUCUGGCGAGGAUUUCCUCAGUGACUAUCACACGCCCAGUAACAAUGCCCUGAAUUCGGAGGCCACACCCGAAGGCUACGACUAUGCAACACCCAGCCGGAAUCAAUUCUCCGCCGGCAGCCGUACUGCCAGUGUUCAGGCCUCGAAUCUUCUCCAGAAUGCGGCCAGUGCCGUCAAUGCCGCUAAGGACGCCAAUGCGGAUAACAAUGUCGCAUCGGUCCUUCUUCCCUCGCCGUUGCCCGUGCUCCGCCAGCACCAAGAACCGGAGGUCUUUCCCCCCAGCUACAGCUUCAACUAUGCCGUGAACGAUGAGUCCACCGGUGACAUCAAGGAGCAUAGCGAGACCCGAGAUGGCUAUGUGGUGCGUGGCUUCUACAGUCUCAUCGAUCCCGAUGGCUACAAGCGCACCGUGACCUACACGGCGGAUGAUGUCCACGGCUUCAAUGCUGUGGUCAAUCGAGUGCCAUAUGCCCUGAAAACAGUGGUUGUUCCGGUGGCUCAAGCUACUCCCUUGGUGGCCCUUGAUGAGCGUUCGAAGUCUGAGAAUAUCCUGCGUUCGUCGGGAGCAACACUCCAGGAGUCAAACUCCGGCUCCCAGUCUAGUAUUAGGUCGGGAUCGAGAUCUGAAUCUGGAUCCAGUUCGGCUUCGGGAUCGGGAGUAACCAAUACGUUCGCAGAGGAUAGCUAUGCCAAUGCUCCCAGGGGACUGGACUCCUCCGGCGGUCCCUACGCCUGA